GAAAGUUUGCGGUCGGACCAUUUCUGUUCUGCAUUUAUUAUAGUCCACUUACACUGGGGAAGUGGCGCUUAUGUACAAUUAUGAAAGCAACAUGGGCAUAGCAAAAUAGGAGCAUUAAUUGAAUACGCGCUGUCUUUAGAUUGUUAUUCAAGGAUGCAGUCACGGAUUUUGUGCAAUGGCACAGUCGCCGCUGUUGCCGCCAGAAGAAUGCGAAACAUUUUGGGGACUGUCAUGGGAAAAGGAGGCUGGAGAUGCAGCGCACAUGAGGUCAAACUCCUUAACACGUCGUCAGGUGGUACGGUGAAAAUCGGCGAAAUCUCAUUUCAGUUGAAAGCCCCCAGAAACCCAGAACUUGUGCCAGUCAACCACAUGACAGAGUCAAUAUCGCCGACUGUGGUUCAGCAUCUCCGCUGGAUCAUGCAGAAGGACCUUCUGGGCCAGGAUGUGUUCCUCAUUGGGCCACCUGGUCCUCUUCGUCGCUCCAUUGCCAUGCAGUAUCUGGAGCUGACCAAAAGGGAAGUGGAGUAUGUGGCCCUGUCUCGGGACACUACAGAAACGGACCUGAAACAGCGCCGGGAGAUCCGGGCCGGAACCGCAUUUUACAUCGACCAGUGUGCGGUGCGAGCCGCAACUCAGGGCCGCAUCCUGAUCCUGGAGGGGCUGGAGAAGGCUGAGCGCAACGUGCUGCCGGUGCUGAACAACCUGCUGGAGAACAGGGAGAUGCAGCUGGAGGACGGCCGCUUCCUCAUGUCCGCGCAGCGCUACGACAAGCUGCUGCAGGAGCACCCGAAGGAGGAGCUGGACGCGUGGAAGAUCGUGCGCGUGAGUGAGGACUUCCGCGUCAUCGCCCUGGGGCUUCCCGUCCCACGGUACACCGGGAACCCCCUCGAUCCACCACUGCGAUCCCGUUUCCAGGCCAGAGACAUCUACUACCUUCCCUUCAAGGAUCAGCUAGAAAUUCUGUACAGCAUCGGACCAAAUGUCACCACGGAUAAAGUCUCACAGCUCCUGUCCUUUGCCACCACCCUCUGCUCACAAGAAUCAUCCAGCCUGGGUCUUCCCGACUUCCCUGUGGACAACCUACCCUCCGCCAUUAAAGUCCUCGACCUGUUCCCCAUGAUGUCUUGCCAGCAGCUGAUCCAACGACUCUACCCAUAUGAGGUCAUGUUGGGCAAGGAGGGCCGCAGCGCAGUGGAGGGGGUGCUCAGUCGCUUUGAACUUCUUGACUCCAGACAGCAGCCCAGUCCCACCAGGGUGGUAAGCGUGGAGCCCUUAAACCGGGAGCAGACUGGCUGCGCAGCUGUCACCCUGCGUGUGUCUGACACGGACGUCACCCUCCAGGUUCCGGCAGGAUCCAAUCAACCUCGCACCCCCGACCACAGCCGCAGCUUCAUCAGCACCCCCACCCACGCCCGCCUUCUGGCUGAAAUGAUGCAGUCCCACAUGGUCAAGGAUAUGUGCCUUAUGGGGGCCAAGGGUUGUGGCAAGUCUGUCAUCGCCAAGGAAUUUGCUGAGAUGCUGGGGUACAGCACUGAACCUGUAAUGCUGUAUCAGGACAUGACUGGCCGGGAUCUCCUCCAGCAGAGGUACACAUUGCCCAAUGGGGACACAGCCUGGAGGGUAUCCCCGCUGGUCAGUGCAGCGCGAGAGGGCAAGCUGGUCCUGCUGGAUGGCAUCCACAGGGUCAACCUGGGCACCCUGGCUGUGCUCUCCAGGUUAAUCCACGACCGAGAGCUGGCCCUCUAUGACGGUACCAGGCUCUUGAGGUCCGACCGGUACCAGAUUCUGAAAGAGGAGAUGAAGAUGUCUGACUCGGAGAUGGAACAGCGGUCCAUCUUCCCCAUCCACCCGUCCUUCCGCCUGCUCGCCCUGGCUGAGCCCCCGGUCCAGGGCAGCCGCGGCCAGCAGUGGCUGAACCCGGAGAUUCUCACCAUGUUCUUCUUCCACACCGUGAAGCCCCUGGACGUGGCCGAGGAGACCUCCAUCAUCCAGGGGAUGACACCGAAUGCCCCAGCAGAGGCGGUGCAGCUCUUACUGCAUCUCACUCACAGCUUGAGAAAAACAAAUGACCCAACAGCCCAAUCCUUGGCGUCUUCUCUGUCCACCAGGCAGCUCUUGAGAAUCUGCCGACGUCUGUCCCAGCACCCAGAGGAGACGGUCGGCCAUGCUGUGAACAAGGCCUGCCUUUCCAGGUUCCUGCCCAGCCUGGCUCGUUCGGCCUUACAGAAGAACCUGGCCAACUGUUCUAUCGAGGAUGGGCCGGACCCUGGCAGCACACAAAACCUGGACCUCAGCUGUGAAAUAAAAGACGGGAUUCUGAGGAUCGGAAAGGCUUCUCUUCCGGUAUAUAAUCCCCAUGAAAAAAUGAAGGUUCCUGAUGUCCUGUUUUAUGAAAAUGAGCAGCACAUGACAGUGAUGGAGGACAUGCUGAAAGACUUCCUGAUGGGGGAACACCUGUUAUUGGUCGGGAACCAGGGUGUUGGGAAGAACAAGAUUGUAGACCGAUUUCUGCAUUUAAUGAACCGACCAAGAGAAUACCUGCAGCUUCACAGAGACACUACAGUUCAGACGCUCACGCUGCAGCCCUCCGUGCGAGACGGAAUAAUCAUUUAUGAAGAUUCGCCCCUGGUGAGGGCCGUAAAGAUGGGCCACAUCCUGGUUAUCGAUGAGGCAGACAAAGCGCCAACCAAUGUCACCUGCAUCCUGAAGACUCUGGUGGAGAAUGGAGAGAUGAUUCUCGCCGACGGCAGGAGAAUCAUUUCAAAUCCCAGAGACGCAGAGGGGAGACCCAACAUUAUUGUGAUGCAUCCUGAUUUCAGGAUGAUUGUUUUGGCCAACAGACCCGGCUUUCCAUUCCUGGGAAACGACUUCUUUGGCGCACUAGGAGACAUCUUCAGCUGCCAUGCCGUAGACAACCCCAAACCCCAUGCAGAGCUAGCUAUGCUGAAACAGUAUGGGCCCGAUGUCCCGGACGCUGUCCUGCAGAAGCUGGUGGCCACCUUUGGAGAGCUGAGGGCGAUGGCAGACCAGGGGACCAUCACGUACCCUUACUCCACCAGGGAGGUGGUCAACAUCGUUAAACAUCUGCAGAAAUUUCCAGAUGAAGGACUGGCCAACGUGGUGCGCAACGUCUUCGACUUCGACUCCUACAACAAGGAGACGCGGGAGAUCCUGAUCACGGCCUUACACAAGCACGGCAUUCCAGUCGGGGCCAAGCCGACCAGCGUGAACCUGGCUAAGGAGUAAGGGCAACUCACUUUACUGCCACGGGCCGAUGGGCGAGAGAGAGGGUUUUGGGGGUCAGACCCAAAGACUCCCAAGACUGUUUAAAAGUAUUUCUUAAAGGCGUCGUUCGCUGUUUAUGUACGGCAGGGCAUUUGGAUGAGGUAGAGAGAGUACUUGAAAAUGCAUCAUUUUGACAGAAAUGUUUACAAUGUGUCCCGUGGCACGGUCCAAUCAGGACAGCUGUGACCUCAUUAUUGGAGUCUUUCUCACAGUAGUCGUUGCAUUUCCAGCUAAUUUGUCGGUCAGCAAUAGGAGAAAUAUAACAAUAAAACUGUACUUCUUAAGGCAUUAAGAACCAUUAGCAAGAUCUGCUGCUGAUACAUAAACUCGCAUCGUUGCUGCUGAUUAUAUGUCAGUGAUUAUAGUAUGAAAGGUAAUAUGACGUAUUGAAUCGGUGCAUUUAGUCCUGCGGUGAUAUACUGUGCUAUAAAUGGAGUAUAAAUACUGUUAAGAAGCCCCUUUGGAAAUUAUACUUUGUAGGUUGUCCCACUCUGUGUAUAAAUCACUGUUGCCUAGAUUGCAGAUGACAGUGAUGAGUGGAUCGAUGUAAACAGUCCCGAGCCGUCCAGCAGAAAUCAGUACAAUAUCAACAUACACAUUCCCUGCUGUCAGUCUACAGCCAUGUGCUAAGUAUCCAGAUGUGAGGUGUCCAGUCUUUUCAUUCAGGCAGUAACGUGGACACAUUUGCGAUAAGCUAACCUUUACCUGCACUGGAAUAACAUUCUGGAUAAAGUCUGGGAUGUUGUGGACAAAACACAACUUUAUUCCAGGAACUGAACAUCAUUGUCUAUAGCCUUUACUUAAAAUUGACAUUUAAGUGAAGUUGUUUAAACAGCAGUUGUGUGGAGAUGCAGGUAACCAAUUAGACAGGUGUCUAUUGCACACUUUGAUUUUCAGAAUAAUUAUUUUAUUUUGCGUAACAAGGAAGUUAAGCAAGUCCUUUUUGAAGGGUUUGCGUUCAUUUCACUGUAUAGUUUUCUUUGAAUAAAGGAAAAUAUUUGUUUCUUCA